UCUUUCUGCUAAGAUGGGGCUGUUGGCUGAAGACAUUGCAUUCCACUCCAACAUUCCCAUACCACUGGAUAUAACUGUGGCUGUGGUCUACUCUGUUUUUGGAGUAUGUUCAUUAUUUGGCAACAGCACACUACUCUAUGUUUCCUACAAGAAAAAGCACCUUCUGAAGCCUGCUGAGUUCUUCAUCAUCAACCUCGCUGUUAGUGACCUGGGCCUAACUCUGUCACUCUACCCCAUGGCAAUAACUUCCAGCUUCUCCCACAGGUGGCUGUAUGGAAAAACAGUAUGCUCCAUAUACGCUUUUUGUGGCAUGUUGUUUGGCCUCUGCAGUCUGACCACCCUAACCCUACUAAGCAUGGUGUGCUUUGUGAAAGUAUGUUAUCCGCUCUAUGGAAACAGGUUUAACCUUGUUCAUGGCCGUCUGCUCAUUGCCUGUGCUUGGGUGUAUGCCCUGCUGUUUGCCUGCUCCCCACUGGUCCACUGGGGAGAGUAUGGACCAGAACCUUAUGGAACCGCCUGCUGUAUCGACUGGCGCCAGUCUAAUCAGUACACCACAGCGCGCUCUUACACUGUGGCACUAUUUAUCUUUUGCUACAUCCUCCCAUGCUGCGUUAUUGUUGCAUCCUACACAGGCAUUCUGGUCACUGUGCAAGCAUCCCGGAAGACUAUGGAGCAACACACAUCAAGGCAGACACAUAUGAGCAGCAUUCAGACAAUUAUUGUCAAGCUAAGUGUUGCUGUCUGCAUUGGUUUCUUUGCGGCGUGGAGUCCAUAUGCUGUGGUUUCCAUGUGGGCUGCCUUUGGACACAUUGAAAGCAUCCCUCCUCUUGCAUUUGCAAUGCCUGCCAUGUUUGCCAAGUCCUCCACUAUCUACAACCCAAUCAUCUACUUAACACUGAGACCAAACUUUCGACAGAUUAUGUGCAGAGACCUGAGCACGCUUUGCCAUACGUGUCUGAAGGGCUGCCUCUGUCCCAAGGGCCCAGCAAAGUGCUGCUCAAAGCCAGACAACCAGGUUAGACUUGGCAACACUCACAGACCGACAAACCAGUUCCCUUCAUCACUCUCCUCUGCUCAACCACCUAUUGUAACUAUAAAAGAUCACAGCUGUCAGAGGUGUAAGGAUAGUUUUGAAUGCUACAGACAUUACCCUCAAAUGUGUGGUAUCACUAAUCCGUCUGCUAACGGAGUUUCAUCAAAUAUUGAAGAUACUCCAGUUUUCCAAACACACAAACAGAUGUCUGAGAGUGAGUGGCCCAGGAAGUCCCUGAUAGCCACAAUAAGGACUUCAGAAACAAGCAACCUCCAUAUUAAUUUAGAGAUGAUUCCAAUGUACACAAAAGAGGCUUGGCCCUGAUUAUUUCUAUAAUUUAGAAUAUCUGUGAAAAUAUUCAGAGGUUCUAUUCUUUCAAAUGUGCAAUUAACUAGUUUACAUUUUCAGGAAAUCUUGUUCAGGAAUUCAUAAUAUGUACUUAAAGCAUUUGUGAGGCUGCACUGUUUUUUUUUUUUUUUCCAUUGAUUUCUCAUUCUUCUGUAUUCUUUGUCUUGAAAGGUCAGCUUUACUUUGGCUAAUAUAACAGAAAAGAGAAAGUCAAAAGUGAUGCAGACGGUGUUGUGCUGGUGCAUUGUUGUCUCUUGAUCCAUCUCUGAAAUCUUAUUCUUUUUGCUUUUAAGAGAAACAAAAAAUUGUACCUGAGGUACAUGGCUUCAAAUAGAGAAGUUGGAUCAGUUUUCAAAUGAACUGAAUUCAUUUCUAAAUUAAAUUAAUUGAUUUUAGAUACAUUGGAAGUAUUUCCUGCCAUGGUAAUAUGUUUAGACCGAUUCCAGUUUCAUUGCAACUUCAGUUUUCAUCAGAAAAAUAUUUUAUUGUCUAAAGCACACUCUAAACACACCAGCUUGAGUUUCCUGAAUGAAGACCAGGUAAAAACUGUAAUGGUGAAUAGACCUUGGGGUUUUGUGUUAGUUGAUCUGGGCUUAUCUGGGAUUUCCAAUUUCAGACUUCUAAAUGAAGAAUUUCUAUCUAAUUUAUGGCUGCUGUGCAUAUACUAGUUAGUUUUUAUUAACAAUUUAUAUUAAUAACAACUAAAUAUUAACCAUUGAAAAUUAUUUUGAUGAAAAAUAUGACAUUCGGUUAAAAUGACUUCUAUUAUAUAUUAGAGCCAUAUUUAUUUUAUGUUGAUGUAGUUUCUAAAUGACCAACUUGAGUCUCAUUGUUUUAAUGGUUUUAUAUAGCAGGGUCAUAGCAUGUGUUUUGCUACUUCAAAGUUAUUUUUUUUCCUUUGGAUAUGUAUUAAGACAACAGAACAACUUGUGUGCAUGGUACCUGUGACUCAUUUCAUCUAAAAAUCUUAACAUUUUCUUUACUAUGCCACUUCAAGUAUUAUUUACACUUCAAAACUGCAGGUAUAUAGCUGAUGGUGCUUGAUCAGUUACAAGUUGUGCAGAGCACAGCACUGUUGCAUAAUACUGUUAUUAAGCCAUGGCUUCAUACUGUCUGUGCAUUCUGUCUAAGAUGGGAACUCCUUGGAAGUCAUAAUGCGUCCAAUGAAAUCAAGUGUCUAUGAAUAUCACACGCAUCUGUUUCACUGAUAGGUUGAGGUGACAACAACUGAAGCAAACCAGUUUAAGUCAAACAAAACUCAUAAAUUAAUUUAAUGACCUAUGUUGUUUGUAGGAGUUGCAUGUAAAUCCUAUGUGUGAAAUAAAUAUGAUGGGAAUGAGACCCAAGAAAUAGAUAAGGAGCAAAUCUGUCUGUGUUUCAAGCCUUGAUCUGUUAAAGAAA